UGGAGGUCUACAUUCCGUCUUUUCGUUAUGAAGAGAGCGAUCUGGAGAGAGGCUACACGUUAUGCAGUUGGUAUAUAAUUUGAGUUCGCUCUGCCACACUCUCUUUCACGUGAGUUGAGUGGUGACCAGUCCUUGUGGCCCUAGCCUCUCUCUUCCAUGUGGGGUCUUUAAGAUAGAAGUGCUAAUGAGUGGACGGAAGCAUUUUGUAGAAAAAAGGUACAGCGAAUUUCAUGCUCUACAUAAAAAGCUCAAGAAAUGUAUAAAAACUCCAGAAAUUCCUUCCAAACAUGUUAGAAACUGGGUCCCAAAAGUCUUGGAGCAGCGACGACAAGGUUUGGAAGCCUAUUUACAGCUCAUUUGAGGAAACAGAAUCUGAAGAGUUCAGCAAACUGUCCCACCAACCAGUGCUGCUGUUCCUAAGGGAUCCAUAUGUCUUGCCUACAGCCAACGAUGAUUUUCCAAAUGUAGUUAUUGAAGGAGUUCUCCAUGGGAUAUUUUACCCUCAUCUACAGCCCAGAUUCACACCAUGCCUAAACCUGUUCCUGCCUGAUAUGAGGAGGACCUCUUGGGUUGUCACAAGUUUCCUGAUGUCUUCUGGUCAUAAUAUAAAGACACACCCACCUGAAGUUGGCCCGUCUGAUUUGUUAGAUGGCCCAAGGCCACACAAGUCACUACAAUUUGUCCUGCUGACCAGACCCAGUUCCAUAUGGCGUCAUCAACUCAAGCUAAGUGCUAUAGGAUCAUCAUUUAAUGUUUUUUCUAUACCAUGGCUAAAUGAAACUCCUUUAACAGUUAUUUAAUUACAUGUACUACAAGGAUCUCAUUCAAAUAUCAAACUCAAACUAAUAAAGAACCAUCUUGAAUCAGGCACAAUUCUUCAAUCUGCUCAUUUCCCAUGACCAACUCCUCCACUCCACCUCAGCCAUGUAAAGGUGAUCAUACCUUUAAUCUUGAUAUCACCCACAAGUAUCCUAUUUUCUUCUUCACCCGCUCUGAAAUUCAUUUAUCUAAUCAUGUUUUUUAUAUUUCCAUCUUUCUUUAUGCCUUAUAAUCAUUACCCCUGUUCCUCAACUCUACUGUGUCUUUCCUUCAGUUCUUUCCUGGAUCAUCACCCUUUAUUCUCCUUCCUUUCCUAUCUUGACCUCUUUGUAAGUCAACUCUACUCAACACUACUGUCCACACACAAGUCAUUGUUGAUCAAUCCUUACCAAAUUCUAACUUUGGAUUACUUCCACCAUUUGCCUUCACUCCUUUUCAUGUGCUCUUGAGGGAACUGGAAGAAAUUACAAAACUAUACUGACAAGGGCUACCAUAAAUUUAUGUUUUCUCAUCUUACCUGGGCUCUCACUGAAGCAAAACAAACAUCCUCUAAGCAAUCAAUCAAUAAAUAAACCUCCCUGAUCAAUAAAUAUACUGUCUCACUCUCCACAACAGUUAUUCCAAAUAUAUCUCCUCAUGGUACCCUCUUCCUUUACCCACUCACUUCAUACUUCACCAAAAAUAAAUAGUGGCCAAUUGCUGAGAGUUUCUUCUCCUUUCUUCUUAAUCUCACAUCAUUCAAAUGUUUCACUUUCUCUUACUUCAUAUAAAGAGGUGAUUCUCCUUGCCAAGGCCAAUUCUGCUACAUGCACAGCUGAUCUCUAGUGACUUCUCCAAAAUUCCUCCCAUUAUUAUCCCCACUCAUUUUCUUAUCUUCAGUCUCUAUCUACUCACUUCUGUCUUGUAGUCUACAAACAGGUCCACAUUGCCCAUAUUCUUUAAAAACCCUCAUUUGAUCCUAUUAUCCCGAUUAGCUAUCUUCCUGUCUCUCUCUUCUCCUUAGCUAAACUUCUUGAAAAGCCAUCUUCAUGGACUAGUUCCUAAAUCCUCUGCAGUCAGGUUCUUGAUCUCAUCUUUCAACUGAAAUUGAUCUCUCCAAAGGUAUCAAUAACUAAUCACCAGAUCUAAUGGUAUUACCUCAGUGCUCACCCCUGACCUCUCAACAGCAUUUAUCCUGGAUAUCCUAGUAUCCUGGAUAGUUUCUCCUCUCUAGGUUUAACUAACUGCUCUCCUGGUUCUCUUGCCUAAUUACUCCUGUGUCUCCUUUGCUGGUUCAUUACCCAUCCCUGGUCCAUGCUCUAUCCUUGGCCUGCUUCUUUUUCUACUGUGUACUGUGAUUAGUAUAUAGUACUAUAUAUUAAGCCCUAGUCUCUGCUGAGCUCUAGUUCUGUAUUACCAAAUGCUUUUCAGUUUCCCAAACUGAAGCUUGAGAUGACUAAAAUAGAAUUCACGAUCUUCUCCCCAAACCCUCCCCUCUUUCUCAUUUCCAUAUUGGUAUCAAACGUGUAACUAAUCUUUCCAAUCUGCAACUUAUACUGUGUCAUCUUCAGCUUCUCAUUCUCCCUUGUCACUCAUGCCUAGUCAGUUGCCAAAUCUUAUCAUUUUUUACCCAUUCUCUCUACUCACACCAUAUUCUUUUUAAAAUGUUUGUUACAUUAAAAUGCCUAGUUGAUUUCCAUCCUCCCCUACCCCCAUUAGAAAAGGCAUAAUUUGACAAAAAGAUAUAUGUGUAUAUAAAACUGUGUUCUUAUUUCUUUCUUUGGAGGCGGACAUACAAAAAUCAUUCUUCGAACAAUAUUUCUGUUGCUUUAUAUAGUGUUCUCUUGGUUCUGCUCAUUUCACUCUAUAAUUUCAUGUAGGU